AUGGAUGGUCAGCGCUUAACGUCACAAAACAACGAAUCACGCUGUGUAUUUUUUAAUGGACUGUCAGAGGAUUAUCGAUGUGUGGUGAUUUUAUCAGUGAAACGAGCCACUGGAACCUUCUCCUUAGUGGGAUGCAUUUUCAUGCUGUUUGUAAUCUGGCUCCUACGGAGGUACCACUCUUUGGCUCAGAAGAUGAUACUGAGCCUGACUGUUGCUGCCUUCUUCGACAGCGUCGCAUAUGUCAUGGGAGAGAGCCAUCCGGAGGGAUCUCUUUGCGACUUCCAAGCCUGGUGGCUGACAUACUUUGACUGGAGUGCCUUGGCCUGGGUUUGCCUCAUCACACUGAACCUGUACCUCAACCUGGUCAGAGAAAUAAGCACCAACAGAUAUGAAACGUUGUACCAUCUGACGGCGUGGGGGGUGCCCCUGGUCAUGGCCUCUUUGCCGCUGCUGCGAGGCUACUACGGGCCGGCGGGAGCCUGGUGCUGGAUCACAGACGGUCACGUAGCCUGGAGAUUUGGGAUGUAA